AAACCCAGCUAACAGUGCGCCUUCUGGCAUCGAAACAUCUACAUCUGCAGUCGAAGUGAUUGCACAAACCAUCAACUGUCGAAAUCUAUAUCUUUACGCGUUUAACUUAACAAAACAUUAUUGUAUUAUUAUAUUGUACUCGACGUACGGUAAUUUUCAAACAUAACUCGAUACCGGGUCUAGUGACAAUUCGUGUGUAGAAGAUUUGCUGAUACUACGUAUAAUGAGCCGAUUAUCUGUAGUGUUAAUGUGUGCGGUGGUGAUUUUAGCGUUAGGAGACCGUUCUGAAGCUUACUGUGGGUUACGAUCCGGCGACGGCGACGAUGGAGGCGGUGUAGACAAUUUCAUCACAUGUCUCAAAGCCAAGGCAAUCGUAACAAUGGACCGUAUGUCACGGGACGACUCGUUACCUGUAACUGGAUCACUAACCCUGGUCAAUGGAGACUUAACUCACCGUCGACAACGGUCGGACCAGGGUCCAAUAGUUAACGAACGUGAACUCCAGACAAAACCAGACGAAACACUUAACCAAAUGCUCUACGAAAAGGCAGUCGGACUUUUCAGCGGCCGGGUUGUUAAAGUUGGUUUACCUGAAGUCACACCGGAAGAGUUAAGGACAGCCUUGGAAGAAGGUCGUGGAAAAAUGAAGAAAACCAUGGGAAUGAUGAUGACAGCGAUGGGUAUGAAGGCAAUGAUGAUCAUACCACUGGCGCUUGGCCUACUGUUUUUGAUGGCCGGCAAAGCGUUGAUCAUCAGCAAAAUAGCACUGAUUCUAUCACUGAUAAUCACCCUCAAGAAACUCCUAUCGAAAUCUGGAGGUGGCGGCGAACACAUGGUCCAUGAAAGUCACGGAUCGUCUUCCGGGUGGCCAUCGGGUGGAAGUUCGGGUGGUGGUGGAUGGGACAAAAGAUCUGCAUCGUCGUCGUCAGAAGCUGCUGCUGCUGCAAGUCAGAUUUUGGCUUACAGAUCUUAUAACAAGCCAUAUUAAAGAUAAAAUUACAAAAGUUAAAAUUAACAUGUUAUUUGACACCAUGUGUUAAUCUCAUAGUUAUGAUACGAUUAUUUAUUAUAUUAUUAAUUAGUAGUAUUUAUUAUUUAUUAUUAUUAUUAUUAUUAUUAUUAUUGUUGUUGUUCAAAAAGAUAAUUUCAACCAUCUAUAAUGUAAUAGUUUAUACUUCGAGUUUUGACGUUUAUCCGUCGCCACACGGAAAAAAAUUAUAAUAUUUAAAUAACAUUUGUUUUUGUUAUUAUAUUAAUAUAGGACAUAACAAUUUUACUAUAAUUUAUCCAACGCCCAGUAUCACCAUCACCAUUUUUAUUUUAUUUUUAUGUACUGUAAAACGUGUUAUUUUGUUACGAUAUUAAUAUAUUAGAAUAUUUUCCAUCCAUUUAUAAAAUGUACUAUUGAUCAUGUUAUUUUCAUAUGAUUAUAGAAGCUAACGAUUUUUUUGUUAU